AUGGAUCCCCAAAUUGAAGAACUAUUAGGCCUAGAAGCCGUCCGUACAAGAGCCCAUGUGGUCCUCAAACUAGCCGAAGAAGGUCGUUUGAAUCAUUUCAACUACCACCCUGACCGCAUGGAAGAUGCCACCGACUAUGUACUUAAACUGAUUCAGCGCGACUUCGGCCCUGACAAGUAUCAUCUAAUUCCACCCCAUGGCCGUUGGCAACAUUUCGAAGUCGGCGGGGUUCCCCGCAUAGCCACUCUCCUAGCCGAAUGGGAUGAGAAAUGCGACACCACCGAAAAGACACGCAGACUGAUAGAUCUUUUCUUCGUCUCUGUUCUUUUGGAUGCUGGUGCUGGAGACUUUUGGAAAUUCAAAGAGUCACAAAGUGGUCUGACGCUUAAUCGGAGCGAAGGUAUUGCGGUUGCGGCACUGCAUAUGUUCCUAAAUGGUGACUUUGCUGGUCCGGACUCUUCGGUGAAACACACCGCCAAUGGUGAUGCAUUGCGCAAUCUCAAUGUAGACAUCUUAUCCCGUGGACUCCAGGUCGACGAUGGCAAUCCUAUGAUCGGAGUAGCUGCUCGUGCAGAUAUCCUCCGUAAGCUCGGCGAGUCUUUGGUGAAUUUGAAAGAUAUCUUUGGUCCCUCUGGUCGUCCGGGUAAUCUUGUUGACUACCUCAUUUCCAAGUCGAAUGAUGGAAAGCUGGACUACAAGGACCUCUGGGACGUGCUACAGCGCCUCCUGAUUCCUAUCUGGCCGUCCGAUCGUACCCACGUGAACGGACAACCCAUCGGCGAUGCAUGGCCUCUGCGAGCACUUGAACAGCAGGCUGGAUCGGAGUCGAAGCCCUACUCCAACAUCCAACCAUUCCAUAAGCUGACCCAAUGGCUAGCGUACUCAUUGAUGGUGCCGUUCUCCCGUCUGCUCUCCGUCUCAUGGUCUAAUACCGAGCUGGGAACUGGUCUGCCAGAGUACCGCAACGGAGGAAUGCUUGUCGAUAUGGGAGUUCUAGAAUUGAAGCCCGAGGCACUUCAGCGAGGUUUGAGCCUUUCGGGGGGUAGCUUGCCUUCGUUUGGUGCGGGCGAUGAUGAGAUUGUGGAAUGGCGAGCGAUGACUGUUGCCCUCCUCGAUGUUUUGCAUACGAAGAUUCUCGCUCGCUUGGAUGGGGUCCAGUUGUCUCUGCCUCAGGUGUUGGAGGCGGGUUCUUGGAAAGCGGGUCGUGAGCUGGCAGCGGCUAAACGUCCGGAGACGAAGUGCAGUCCUAUCUUGAACUUUGGCGAUGGUACCUUGUUCUAG